AUGAGGAGGGAUAAUCAGAGCAGUGUGUCGGAGUUCCUCCUCCUGGGGCUCCCCAUCAGGCCAGAGCAGCAAGGCAUGUACUACGCCCUGUUCCUGGGCAUGUACCUGACCACGGUGCUGGGGAACCUGCUCAUCAUCCUGCUCAUGAGGCUGGACUCUCGCCUGCACACCCCCAUGUACUUCUUCCUCAGCCACUUGGCCCUCACUGACAUCUUUUUCUCCUCAGUCACAGCCCCAAAGAUGCUCAUGAACAUGCUGAUGCACACUCAGUCCAUCUCCUAUGCUGGGUGCAUUUCCCAGGAAUUUUUUUUUGUAUUUUUUGCAAAUCUUGACAGCUUCCUUCUGACCUCAAUGGCCUAUGACAGGUAUGUGGCCAUCUGUCACCCACUGCAUUAUCCCAGAAUCAUGAGUCAGAACCUCUGUUUCCUGCUAGUGGUUGUGUCCUGGGUCUUAUCCUCUGCCAAUGCCCUUUUGCACACCCUCCUCCUAGCCCGUCUCUCUUUCCUUAGAGGCAUCACUCUGCCCCACUUCUUCUGUGAUCUCUCUGCCUUACUCAAGCUGUCCAGCUCUGACACCACCAUCAAUCAGCUGGCUAUUCUCACGGCAGGAUCAGCAGUUGUUACCCUGCCAUUCAUGUGCAUUCUGGUCUCAUAUGGCCACAUUGGGGUCACCAUCCUGAGAAGACCCUCCCUCAAGGGCAUCUGCAAAGCCUUAUCCACAUGUGGCUCCCACCUCUCUGUGGUCUCUGUGUACUAUGGAGCAGUUAUUGCACUCUAUAUUGUCCCCUCAUCUAAUAGCACUAAUGACAAGGAUAUUGCUGUGUCUGUGUUGUACACUCUGGUUAUCCCCAUGGUGAACCCCUUUAUCUACAGUCUGAGGAAUCGGGACAUAAAAGGAGCUCUCAGAAACAUCCUCAGUGGAGGAACCAUUUCAACAUGA